AUGGCAGAGCUGGGGAAGACAGAGGCUAAAAUUGAGCAGAUGAUCCAGGAGAGACGAUCAAAGAUUCAAGAGUUCAGACGUUCAGUCGAGGUCAGCCGGGACAAUGCAGACAGAGAGAUAACAGCCAGCAUCCAGGUCUUCACCAAACUGAAGGAGGCCGUUGAGAGAAACCAGGCUGAAGUCAUUGAAACGACUGAAGAAAAGCACAAAACAACAGAGAAACAGGCUGAAGGUUUCAUCAAAGAGCUGGAAGAGGAAAUCUCUGAGCUGAAGAAGAGAAGUGCUGAGCUGGAGCAGCUGUCACACUCAGAAGACCACCUUAACCUCGUCCAAAACUGUCCAUCCCUGAAUGCACCUCUACCCACCAAGAACUGGACAGAGGUCAGAGUCUGUCCACCUUCAUAUGAAGGGACUGGGAGAGCAGCUUUUGCUCAGUCAAUGGAGAUGCUCCAACAUGAGAUGAAGGAGCUGCCCACAGAGAGGGAGCUGAAGAUAUUCCAGCAGUAUGCAGUGGACGUCACACUGGAUCCUGAGACAGCACAUCGUCAACUCAUCCUGUCUGAAGAUGGGAAACAAGUGCAUUGUGGUCUUGAACGUAGGAACGUCCCAGACAAUCCAAAAAGAUUUUCUGAUCGUAUCUGUGUUUUAGGGAAGGAGAUGUUUUCUUCAGGUAGAUUUUACUUUGAGGUUCAGGUUAAAGGGAAGACCGAUUGGGUUUUAGGAGUUGCCAGAGAGUCAGUCGAUCGUAAGAAGGUAUUCUCUUUUAAUCCUCGGAGUGGUUACUGGAGAAUAGGUUUGAGGAAUGCAAAUGUUUAUUGUGCUUUUACUGAGUCCCAGUUCACUCUCUCUCUGAAGUCUCGGCCUGAGAAGGUGGGUGUGUUUGUCGAUUAUGAGGAGGGUCUGGUCUCCUUUUAUGAUCCUGAUGCUGGAAGUCUUAUCUACAGCUAUACUGGCUGCUACUUCCGUAGAAACAUCCUCCCAUUCUUCUUUCCUGCUGUUGAUCAAAAUGGUACUAACUCUGCCCCUCUGAUCAUCUGUCCUGUUGACCACUGA